AUGGCGACCCUCUGCAAAGACGAGGAAUGGCGCAGGCGCCUGGAGGAAAUGGACCAGGGUCAUCUCAUGCCUCCAGAUGCCAAGCCUGAAGAUCUGCGUCGCCUGUUCAGGCAGCUGGAGCAAGCCGACAGUUCGUAUCCUGGAGGUUUGGGCGCGUAUCUUUCUCGCGCGCGAAGUUUGUUGGCGGCUUCUCAGGCGGGGGCGAAUCCGUUUGAGGCGUUCUCUGCAUGUCAUCCGAACGGAGAGCGCGUGGAGGUGGGGUCUGCGGCCUUUGCCCGUUUAGAGGCUCUCGGCUCUGAGGAGCUGAGGAGUUGCGCCUUCGUCCUCGUUGCAGGCGGACUCGGAGAACGCCUGGGGUACAAAGGCAUCAAGAUCGGUCUGCCUUGCGAAACGAGCACAGGGAAGACGUUUGCGCAGCUUUACUGCGAGUAUCUGCUGUCGAUUCAGUCGGGUCUGGCGCGAGAAGCAGCGAGUGGCGAGGAGGAGGUGGAAGCGACAAGCGAAGGAGCAAGCGAGGAGGGAAGGGGAGAGGCGGUGAACAGUGUCUCCGCGGGGCGUUCGCCUUGCGUACCCUUGGCCAUCAUGACGUCGGAUGACACUCACGAGAAGACAGUUUCUCUGUUUGAGGAGAACGCGUUUUUCGGACUUUCGCGAAAUCAAGUGACGUUCAUGAAACAAGGCAAAGUGCCGGCGCUGCGAGACAACGAGGCGCACAUCGCGACCAGCCUCUGCGACCCAUUUGAAGUCCUCAUGAAGCCUCACGGACAUGGAGACGUACACACACUGCUCCACCAGCACGGCCUCGUCGAACGCUGGAAGCGAGAAGGAAAAAAGUGGAUCGUCUUUUUCCAAGACACAAACGCGCUGAUCUUCAGAGCUCUCCCCGCGACUCUGGGUGUGUCGAAGGAACGCGCCUUCGCGAUGAACACCGUCACGGUUCCUCGGAAACCUGCGGAGGCCAUGGGGGCGAUUUGCAAGCUGCAGAAAAAAGAUGGAUCGUCCAUCACGAUCAAUGUCGAAUAUAACGUCUUAGGUCCUCUGCUUAAGGCCGAAGGCCGGGAAGAUGGUGCGACGAGCGAAGGCUUCAGCAGCUUUCCAGGAAACACAAACGCCCUCGUCUUCAGCAUCGAGCCUUACUGCUCUGUUCUUGAGAUGACUGGAGGCACAGUUCCCGAAUUCGUCAAUCCGAAGUACAAGGAUGGUACAAAGACGAGCUUCAAAUCCCCUACGCGACUCGAGUGCAUGAUGCAAGACUUUCCACGUCUCUUCUCGCCCACUACUCCUGUGGGUUUCAUCGAGCUCGAUCGCUGGUUCUGCUACAGCUGCGUGAAGAACGACGCUGAAGACGCCAGACAGAAGGCUGUGAAAGGCAUUCCACCCGAAUGCGCUCUGUCGGGAGAGUCCGACCUCUACGCGAACAACAUGGGUCUCCUCGCUCUUGCAGCUGAGUCUGUCGGAGCGAGAGUUGAAAUUGGAGAAUCGAAGCCAGUUUGCGGAAACGGGGUGGUGUACCCUAUGGGUCCGCGCGUAGUUCUCGCUCCGUCCUGGGGGAUCUCACAGGACUGCAUGCGCCGCAGACUGCGAGGCGCUUCCAAGAUCAAACUCUCUUCCACGUCCACAUUAAUUGUCGAGGGAGACGUUUUCAUCAAACACCUCGAACUGGACGGAGCAGCCGUUCUGCGUGCUGUGCCAGGAGCGAAACUUGUGGUGGAAAGGCUGGUUGUGAGGAACGAAGGAUGGCCUUUGAAGACGGUUUCCAACAAUGAAGAAGUUCCGGCUGCGAGCGCCAUGCGGGGGUACAGGUUCGAGAAGAAAGAGACGUACAUUGCAGAAAACACACGAGUCGGAACCACACAAACAGUUCAGAACUAG